GCGGCCGCCUGGGCUCGCGGCGCUGGCGCAGCGUGAGGCCGCGCGCGCGCCGCCGGCGGGCGAGCUGCGCGGGCCUCGCCUGGACGCGCUCCUGCAGGGGAUACCGACCCCUCUCCGCCUGGGCCAGCGGGCGGCCGCUUUGGCCGCCGUGCAGGCUCUCGAGCCGCCCGCAGACGGCUCCGCCGCCGGCGUGCGCGAGGAGGCCAUGCCAGCCGUGGCAGACCCAGGUGCCGCCGCUGACAUACCUCCACCAGUUCGCGACAGUACCCGCCCGCCUCGUCGACGCCGGGCAGACCCCAAUGGGUGCGCAUGCGCCGUGACUCAUAUCUUCUCAUUUUGUACAUGUGCAACUAUGUAUGUACGCGUUGCAUACAGCAUAUCUGCCAAAAAAUCGUGGGACAGGGGAGCAUCGGCAUAGCAUCGGCAUGAUCCCGCCAGCUUUCUGUUACCAUUUGUCCCCCUUUCCGCGUGCCGCCAGCUUUCUGUUACCAGUUGUUCCUUCCCCGCGUGCCGCCAGCUUUCUGUUACCAGGACAGGUAUGUGAUACAUUUGCUGCCACUGUGUUGCGUCGACUCCUGAAUACGCCAGAGCGGCGACAGUUUAGAUUGCCACAGUGCGCCGUCUUGUGUCGCGGGGGUGGUGGCAACGCCACUUCUGCGAAGCCUCGCGCGGGUGGUGACAACGCCACUCUUGCGAGGCAAGUUUUCGCCCGGAACUCUUUGGCUCAAGUUUGGUGCGCUCUGUGGAAAAAUGGUCCAUCAGCGUACCGAGGAGAGCGAACAAGAUCGCCUAUCCGUUCGCCUCGCUAUCUCGGUAAACACCCUAUUGAGAUUGAAACUCCGACGCCUCCAGGAGACCCC